GUUUUGUCAGGUUUUUAGAAGGCUAUUACAUUGUGUUAAUAACAAAAAGAAGAAAAAUGGCAGAUAUUGGAGGCCAUGCAAUAUAUAAAAUAGAAGAUACAAACAUGAUCUACAUUCCAAAUGACUCUGUAAGAGUCACUCAUCCCGAUGAAGCCAGGUAUCUGAGAAUCUUUCAAAAUGUGGACCUUUCUAGCAACUUCUACUUUAGUUACAGCUAUGAUCUGUCUCACUCCCUUCAGUAUAAUCUUACUGUCCUGAGAAUGCCACUUGAAACAUUAAAAACUGAAACAACCCAGACCCGACAAGAAAGUUUUGAUAUAUUUGAAGAUGAAGGACUUUCAACACAGGGUGGAAGCGGUGUAUUUGGGAUUUGCAGUAAGCCUUACGAGAAGUAUGUGUGGAAUGGCAAGCUUCUGGAGGCAGUAAAAAAUAUUGUUCAUCGUGACUGGCUGCUGUAUAUUAUUCACGGAUUCUGUGGGCAAUCAAAACUGUUAAUAUAUGGUCGCCCUAUAUACGUCACUCUGAUAGCUAGAAGAUCAAGCAAAUUUGCUGGAACACGUUUUCUGAAACGAGGAGCAAACUGUGAGGGAGAUGUUGCUAAUGAAGUAGAAACUGAACAAAUACUUUAUGAUGCUUCAGUUAUGUCAUUUUCUGUGGGGAGUUAUUCAUCCUAUGUUCAAGUUCGAGGAUCUGUCCCUCUGUACUGGUCACAAGAUAUUUCAACUAUGAUGCCUAAGCCGCCCAUAACAUUGGACCAAGGAGAUCCUUUUGCACAUGUUGCUGCUCUUCACUUUGACCAAAUGCUUCAAAGAUUUGGUUCUCCCAUUAUUAUUUUGAAUCUUGUGAAGGAACGUGAAAAAAGAAAGCACGAAAGGAUUCUUAGUGAAGAACUUGUUGCUGCCGUGACAUAUCUCAACCAGUUUUUGCCUCCAGAGCAUGCAAUUAUAUAUAUACCCUGGGAUAUGGCCAAAUACACAAAAAGCAAACUUUGCAAUGUCCUUGAUAGACUGAAUGUGAUUGCAGAAAGUGUAGUAAAGACGACUGGAUUUUUUGUAAAUAGACCUGAUUCCUACUGCAGUAUUUUGCGACCAGAUGAAAAGUGGAAUGAACUGGGAGGCUAUGUUGUUUCCACUGGUCGCUUGCAGACAGGAGUUCUCCGAACCAAUUGUGUGGACUGUUUAGAUCGCACUAACACGGCCCAAUUUAUGGUGGGAAAAUGUGCCUUGGCAUACCAACUCUAUUCAUUGGGAUUGAUUGAUAAACCAAACUUGCAAUUUGAUACGGAUGCUGUAAG